GCCUGUGUUGUGUAGCGGGGAGAGAGGCAGGGAGGCAGGCAUGCAGGCUGCAGGCUGAGGGAAGAUUCCUUCUCUCGGCCCGAUCAGUGCAGGUUUGACAGUCCGGUUUGGAGACCACAGGACGCAGGCGCGACUCCCGCUGCGGAUGAGGAGGAUGGUGGUCUAAGUUUAAGCGGAUCUAACUGGGACGAAAACGUCGAUUGAAACGCUGCAGAGGGAGGAUUUCUUUUCUCGAUUGUUUACCAAACACUGGGACCAAAACUGCAGUAAUCAUGGAUAUUUUUAGCACUAUGGAGGAGGUGAAGGAGAGGCCCAAGAGGAGACCUCUGGUCCGGGCUGCGUCAGAGGAGAGCUCCACUGAUAUAAGUUCAUUAAGUUAUACUCCAGCCCCUGGUGACACCCUGCCCUGGAACCUGCCCAAACACCAUCGCAUCAAGCGCUCCAAGUCGGCUUCUGGAGAUGUGCUGGACCCGGCUGAGAGGGCCGUCAUCCGCAUCGCAGAUGAACGGGACCGAGUCCAGAAAAAGACCUUCACAAAAUGGGUCAACAAGCACCUGAUGAAGUCCCAGAGACACAUCACUGACCUGUACGAGGACCUCAGAGAUGGACACAACCUCAUCUCCCUGCUGGAGGUGCUCUCUGGAGAGACACUGCCGCGGGAGAAAGGCCGCAUGCGCUUCCACAAGCUGCAGAACGUGCAGAUCGCCCUGGACUUCCUUAAACACAGACAGGUGAAACUUGUCAACAUCAGGAAUGAUGACAUUGCAGAUGGAAACCCCAAGCUGACCCUGGGACUGAUAUGGACCAUCAUCCUUCACUUCCAGAUCUCAGACAUUCAGGUGAACGGCCAGUCGGACGACAUGACGGCCAAAGAGAAGUUGCUGCUGUGGUCUCAGAGGAUGGUGGAAGGAUACCAAGGUCUGCGUUGUGACAACUUCACCACCAGCUGGAGGGAUGGAAAGCUUUUCAACGCCAUCAUACACAAACACAGGCCCUCUCUGAUUGACAUGAGCCAAGUGUACAGACAGAGCAACCAGGAGAACCUGGAGCAGGCCUUCAGCGUGGCAGAGAGGGACCUGGGUGUCACCAGACUGCUGGAUCCUGAGGAUGUGGAUGUGCCCCAUCCAGAUGAGAAGUCCCUAAUCACAUAUGUCUCCUCCCUGUAUGAUGCCAUGCCCAGGGUACCAGACAUUCAGGAUGGUGUCAGAGCCAAUGAGCUGGAGCUGCGUUGGCAGGAGUAUUAUGAGCUGGUCACCGUGCUGCUGCAGUGGAUCAGGCACCACAUCCUCGUCUUUGACGAGAAGAAGUUCCCCACCAGCUAUGAGGAGAUCGAGGUUCUUUGGCGUCAGUUUCUGAAGUUUAAGGAAACAGAGCUCCCUGCAAAAGAGGCCGACAAGAACCGGUCCAAACAUAUCUUCAAGUCUUUUGAGGGUGCAGUUCAGGCGGGUCAGGUCAAAAUGCCGCCCGGUUACCACCCAUUUGAUGUGGAGAAGGAGUGGGGUCGUCUUCACGUCUCCAUCCUGGAGAGAGAGCGUCUCCUCAGGAUGGAGUUUGAGAGGCUGGAGCGGCUGCAGAGGAUCGUCAGCAAGGUCCAGAUGGAGUCUGGGGUGUGUGAGGAGCAGCUCAACCAGGUGGAGACUCUGCUGCAGACGGACGUGAGGAUGAUGAGCGCAGGUAAACCUCCUCAGCACACGGCGGAGAUGGAGGGCGACCUGGAGAAAGCAGAAGGGAUGAUUCGCCUCCUUUUCAAUGAUGUUCAGCUGCUCAAAGAUGGACGCCACCUUCAAGCUGAGCAGAUGUACCGCAGAGUCUAUCGUCUCCAUGAGAGGCUGGUGAACCUCCGCAGCGAGUACAACCUGCGGCUCAAGUCGGGCGUGAGCGUCUCGCAGAUCCCCAUGACUCAGAUCCACACCGCCCAGGUCCAGGUCCUGCAGCAGGCCCCCAUGAGGGUGCGGCCCGAGCUUGAUGAAGUCACCAUGCGUUACAUGCAAGAUCUGUUGGGCUGGGUGGAGGAGAACCAGCGGCGGGUGGAUGACGGGGAGUGGGGAUCAGACCUGCCCACCGUGGAGUCCCAGCUGGGCAGCCACCGCGGCCUGCACCAGUCUGUGGAGGAGUUUCGCUCCAAGAUCGAGAGGGCGAAGGCUGACGAGAGUCAGAUCUCACCUGCUAGCAAAGCUGCCUAUCGCGAAUAUCUGGGAAAACUGGAGCUGCAGUACGGCAAGCUGCUGAACGCCUCUAAGGCCCGUCUGCGUUACCUGGUGGAGCUUCACGCCUUCGUGGUGGCAGCCACCAAAGAGCUGAUGUGGCUGAACGAGAAAGAAGAAGAGGAGGUGAACUACGACUGGAGUGAUAAAAACACCAACAUGGCCGCCAAGAAAGAAAACUACUCGGGUUUGAUGAGAGAUCUGGAGCUCAGGGAGAAGAAGAUGAACGGAGUCCAGACUACAGGAGACAAACUGCUGCGGGACGGGCACCCUGCCAGGAAGACAAUAGAGUCCUUCACUGCAGCUCUGCAGACUCAGUGGAGCUGGAUCCUUCAGCUGUGCUGCUGCAUCGAAACCCACCUGAAAGAAAACACAGCGCACUUCCAGUUCUUCUCUGACGUGAAGGAGGCAGAGGACCAGAUCAAAAAGAUGCAUGACACAAUGAAGAGGAAGUACACCUGUGACCGCUCAAUCACAGCCACACGUCUGGAAGAUCUCCUGCAGGACGCAGCUGAUGAGAAAGAGCAAAUGAACGAGUUCAAAACUCACCUGGAAGGACUAAAGCGAAGAGCCAAGACCAUCGUCCAGCUCAAACCACGAAACCCUGCCACAGCAAUAAAAGGCAAACAGCCCGUCCAGGCUGUGUGUGACUUCAAACAGAUGGAGAUCACGGUCCAUAGAGGAGACGAGUGCGCUCUGCUCAACAACUCGCAGCCCUUCCAGUGGAGGGUGCUGAACGAUAAAGGCAGCGAGUCCACCGUUCCAUCUAUCUGCUUCCUGGUUCCCCCCACCAAUAAGGACGCUGUCAACAGUGUCGCUGGACUGGACGGAAACCUCCAGAGGAUCCAGACGAUGUGGCAGACGAUGUUCGUGGACAUGAAGAGUCUGCUGUCCUGGCAGUAUCUGAUGAGAGACAUCCACAUCAUCAAAACCUGGAACAUCUCCAUGUUUAAGACCCUGAGGGUGGAGGAGUACCGCCUAGCUCUCAGGAACCUGGAGCUGCACUACCAGGACUUCCUCAGAGACAGCCAGGACUCUCAGAUGUUCGGGGCCGAGGACAGAAUGCAGGUGGAAACCAACUACAACCGAGCCAACCAGCACUACAACACCAUGGUCAGCUCUGCAGAACAAGGCUACGAGCCACCCCGGGCAGGAGAGCAGGAUGAGACGGUUUGCAAGACUUACCUGACAAAGAUCAAGGACCUCCGUCUGAAGCUGGAGGGUUGUGAGAAUCGAACUGUGACCCGCCUCCGCCAGCCUGUGGAUAAGGAGCCACUCAAAGCCUGCGCCCAGAAGACUGCAGAGCAAAUGAAAGUCCAGUCUGAGCUGGAGGGCUUAAAGAAAGAUUUGAACACAAUCACUGAGAAGACAGAGGAGGUUCUGGCCUCUCCUCAGCAGCUGAGCUCCGCCCCGGUUCUGCGCUCAGAGCUGGACGUCACGGUGAAGAAGAUGGACCACGUCUACGGCCUCUCCUCCGUCUACCUGGACAAGCUGAAGACCAUCGAUGUUGUGAUCAGAAACACUAAAGAGGCAGAGGACACGCUGAAGAACUAUGAGAACCGCCUGCGUGAUGUCAACAAAGUGCCUGCGACAGAGAAGGAGGUGGAGGAUCAGCGCAGUCAGAUGAAAUCGAUGCAAGCUGAAGCCGAAGCCGACCAAGUGGUGUUCGACCGCCUCCAGGACGAGCUGAAGAAGGCGACCUCCAUCAACGACAAGAUGAACAGGAUCCACAGCGAGCGUGACGCCGAGCUGGAGCACUACCGUCAGCUGGUCAACAGCCUGCUGGACCGCUGGCAGGCCGUGUUCGGUCAGCUCGACCUCAGGAAGCGGGAGAUCGACCUCCUGGGACGCAACAUGAAGUCGUACCACGGGAGCUACGAGUGGCUGAUCCACUGGCUCGGUGAGGCGAGGCAGAGGCAGGAGAAGAUCCAAGCUGUGCCCAUUGGGGACAGCAAGGCUCUCAAGGAGCAGCUGGCUGAGGAGAAGAAACUCCUGGAAGAGAUCGAGUCAAACAAGGACAGGGUUGAAGGUUGCCAGAAGAAUGCAAAAGAUUACAUCGACUCUGUCAAGGAUUAUGAGCUCCAGCUUUUGACUUACAAAGCCCUCCAAGAUCCCAUCGCCUCUCCUUUGAAGAAACCAAAAAUGGAGUGUGCAACUGAUGACAUCAUUCAGGAGUAUGUUACUCUGAGAACCCGCUACAGUGAGCUGAUGACCCUCACCAGCCAGUACAUCAAGUUCAUCACAGACACACAGCGCCGCCUGGAGGAGGAAGAGAAAGCUUCAGAGAAACUCAAAGAAGAGGAGAGGAGAAAGGUGGCCGAGAUACAAGCUGAGUUAGAUAAACAGAAACAGUUGGCAGAGGCUCAGGCUAAAUCUGUGGCUAAAGCAGAACAAGAAGCUCAGGAGCUCAAGCUGAAGAUGAAAGAGGAAGCCAGCAAGAGGCAAGACGUCGCAGGAGAGGCUGAGAAACAGAAAAAGAACAUCCAACAGGAGCUGCACCAGCUAAAGAGUCUGUCUGAGCAGGAGAUCAAGUCCAAGGGUCAGCAGCUGGAGGAGGCGCUGAUUAGUCGUACCAAAAUUGAGGAGGAAAUUCACAUCAUCAGGCUCCAGUUAGAGACAACGACAAAACAGAAGGCCACAUCUGAGGCUGAGCUGCAGAACCUCCGAGACAAAGCCGCAGAGGCGGAGAAGCUCAGGAAAGCUGCUCAGGAGGAGGCUGAGAGGCUUCGCAAGCAAGUGAGCGAAGAGACUCAGAAAAAGAAGAAUGCAGAAGAUGAGCUGAAGCGUAAAUCUGAGGCAGAAAAAGAAGCGGCCAAACAGAAGCAGAAAGCUCUGGAUGACCUCCAGAGGUUCAAAAUGCAGGCUGAGGAGGCAGAGAGGCGCAUGAAACAGGCUGAGGAGGAGAAGAUCAGGCAGAUUAAGGUAGUGGAGGAGGUGGCACAAAAGUCUGCCGCCACACAGCUGCAAACUUCGUCCAUGUCGUUCACUGUAAAGGCAACACAACUGGAGGAAUCCCUGAAGAAGGAGCAGGGCACCGUGCUUCAGCUGCAGGAGGAGGCCGACAAACUCAGGAAACAACAAGACGAAGCCAACAGAGCCCGGGAGCAGGCAGAGAAAGAGCUCGAAACAUGGAGACAGAAAGCCAAUGAGGCUCUCCGCCUGAGGCUACAAGCCGAGGAGGAAGCUCAAAAGAAGAGUCAGACUCAAGAGGAGGCAGAGAGGCAGAAAGCUGAGGCUGAGCGGGACGCCAAGAAAAGAGCUAAAGCUGAAGAAGCUGCUCUGAAACAGAAGGAGCACGCAGAGAAAGACUUGGAGAAGCAGAGGAAGUUUGCUGAACAGAUUGCGCAGCAGAAGCUGACUGCAGAACAGGAGUGCAUCAGACUGAAGUCUGACUUUGAACACGCUGAACAACAGAGAGGCCUGUUGGAUAAUGAGCUCCAGCGGCUGAAGAAAGAGGUGACUGAUGCUGAAAAGCAGAGGAAACAACUGGAGGAUGAGCUGGCUAAAGUCAGAAGUGAGAUGGACUCUCUCCUCACGAUGAAGAUUAAAGCUGAGAAGCAGACGCUGUCAAACACAGAGAAGAGCAAACAGCUCCUCGAGUCUGAGGCACUGAAAAUGAAGCAGCUCGCAGAGGAAGCUGCACGGCUGAGAUCAGUGGUUGAAGAGGCGAAGAAGCAGAGGCAGACAGCCGAGGAUGAGGCAGCCCGGCAGAGAGCAGAGGCUGAAAAGAUACUCAAAGAAAAACUGGCUGCCAUCAAUGAGGCAACUCGUCUGAAGACCGAAGCUGAGAUCGCUCUGAAAGCCAAAGAGGCAGAGAAUGAAAGACUGAAAAGAAAAGCUGAGGAAGAAGCGUAUCAGAGAAAGCAGCUGGAGGAUCAAGCCGCUCUGCACAAACAAGACAUCCAGGAGAAAAUCAUACACCUGAAGAGCUCGUCUGACUCUGAGCUGGUGAGGCAAAAGAACAUUGUGGAAGAAACUCUGAAGCAAAAGAAGGUGGUGGAAGAGGAGAUUCACAUCAUUAAGAUCAACUUUGAGAAAGCAUCAAAAGACAAGUCAAACUUGGAGGCAGAGUUAAAGAAGCUGAAGGGAAUCGCAGAUGAGACGCAGAAGAGCAAACUCAAAGCUGAACAAGAGGCAGAGAAACUCAGAAAGCUUGCUGCUGAGGAGGAGAAGAAGCGGAAAGAAUCUGAGGAGAAGGUGAAGAGGAUCACCGCAGCAGAGGAAGAGGCCGCCCGACAAUGCAAAGCUGCUAAGGAGGAGGUGGAACGCCUGAAAAAGAAAGCUGAAGAAGCCAACAAAGAGAAGGACAAGGCCGCAAAAGAGGUAGAGAAGCAGGUGAUUGUGGCCAAAGAGGCAGCACAGAAAUGCAGCGCUGCAGAGAAGAAAGCCCAGGAUGUCCUCAGCAAGAACAAAGAAGACGGUCUCGCUCAGGAAAAAAUGAAAGGGGAGUUUGACAACGCAAAGAAGCUUGCACAAGCCGCUGAAAAAGCCAAAGAGAAAGCAGAGAAGGAGGCUGCCCUGCUCCGCCAAAAAGCAGAGGAGGCUGAGAAACAGAAGAAAGCUGCAGAGGAUGAAGCUGCUAAACAGGCCAAAGCUCAAAAAGACGCAGAGAAACUGAGGAAAGAAGCAGAAGCAGAGGCCGCCAAGCGAGCAGCAGCUGAAGCAGCAGCUCUUAAGGCGAAGCAGCAGGCUGACGCAGAGAUGGCCAAGCACAAAAAAGAAGCAGAACAAGCACUGAAGCAGAAGUCUCAGGUUGAGAAGGAACUGACAGUGAUUAAACUGAAGCUGGAUGAGACUGAUAAGCAGAAAGCUGUGUUGGACGAGGAGCUCCAGAGAGUUAAAGGUGAAGUUAAUGAUGCUGUCAAGCAGAAGGCGCAGGUGGAGGAUGAGCUGUUGAAGGUGAAGAAGCAGAUGGAUGAGCUCCUGAAGCUUAAGCUGAAGAUUGAGGAGGAAAACCGACGCCUCAUGAAGAAAGACAAAGAUAGUACACAGAAGUUACUCGCAGAGGAAGCAGAGAAAAUGAAGAGCCUGGCCGAGGACGCCGCUAGACUUAGUGUGGAAGCUGAGGAGGCAGCGAGACAGAGACAGAUCGCUGAGUCUGACUUGGCUGAGCAGAGAGCACUUGCAGAGAAAAUGCUCAAGGAGAAAAUGCAGGCAAUCCAGGAGGCUACAAAACUGAAAGCUGAGGCAGAGGAGCUCCAGAAACAGAAGAAACAGGCACAAGAAAAGGCCAAAAAACUGCUGGAGGACAAACAGCAGAUCCAGCAGCGCCUUGAUAAGGAGACAGAGGGUUUCCAAAAGUCGCUAGAGGCCGAGCGCAAGAGGCAAAUGGAGGUUUCAGCAGAGGCUGAAACACUGAAAGUGAAGGUGAAAGAGCUCAGUGACGCUCAGGCUAAGGCUGAACAGGAGGCCAAGAAGUUCAAGAGCCAAGCUGAUGAAGCAAAAGCACGUCUACAACAGACAGAGAAACAGACUACAGAGACGGUUGUGCAAAAGUUGGAGACACAGAGGCUCCAGAGCACCAGAGAGGCAGAUGAUUUAAAGAAAGCCAUUGCUGACCUUGAAAAAGAGAAGGCGAAGUUGAAAAAGGAGGCGGAGGAGCUUCAGAAAAAAUCGAAAGAGAUGGCAAACGCUCAACAAGAACAAAUAGAGCAGCAGAAGGUCAUUCUUCAGCAGUCCUUCCUGUCAGAGAAAGAGCUGUUGUUGAAGAGAGAAAAGGAAGUUGAAGACGAGAAAAAGAAGCUUCAGAAACAGUUUGAUGAUGAAGUCAACAAAGCCAAAGCUCUAAAAGACGAACAAGAACGUCAGCGGAAGCUAAUGGAAGAGGAGAAGAAGAAACUUCAAGCCAUUAUGGAUGAAGCUGUCCAGAAACAAAAGGGUGCUGAGGCAGAGAUGAACAACAAGCAGAAAGAAAUGGAAAUGCUUGAAAAGAAAAGGCUUGAGCAAGAAAAACUUCUGGCAGAGGAAAACAAAAAGCUCAGAGAGAAACUGAAGAGUCUUGAGGUCACCUCCAAACAGGCUGCGUCCAAAACGAAGGAGAUUCAAGUCCAGACUGAUGAGGUUCCUGAGGAGCAGAUAGUUGCAAUGACAAUGGUGGGAACUACGAAGAAAGUUUUCAACGGAUCUGUGGAUGUGGAUGGAGCAAAGAAAGAUGGAGAAUCACCUUUUGCAUUUGAGGGUAUACGAGAGAAAGUCCCCGCUGAAAGGCUUCUUGACGUCGGUGUCCUGACCAAAAAGGAGUUCGACAAACUGAAAAAGGGGAAAGCAUCUGUUCAAGAACUUGGAAAGACAGAUAAAGUGAAGUCAUGUCUUAAGGGUCAGAACAGCAUUGGAGGUGUCUUGACUCCAUCCAAAGAGAAAAUGAGUGUCUAUCAGGCCAUGAAAGAGAAAAAGAUCUCUCCUAAUACUGCCACAAUGCUUCUGGAAGCUCAAGCUGCUUCUGGUUUCAUCGUAGAUCCAGUGAAAAAUAAACUCCUCUCUGUAGAUGAUGCUGUUAAAGAGGAGUUAAUUGGCCCUGAGCUCCAUGAUAAGAUACUCUCUGCAGAGCGAGCAGCCACAGGCUUCAAAGAUCCCUACACUGGAGCUAGAAUCUCUCUCUUUGAGGCCAUGAAGAAAGGACUUAUCGAGAAGGAUCAGGCUACAAAAUACCUGGAUGUGCAGCUCGCAACUGGUGGUAUCAUCGAUCCCAUCAAUAGUCACAGAGUGCCACUGCAGACAGCCUAUAAGCAGGGUCAGUUUGAUGCAGACAUGAACAAGAAACUUAGUGACCCCAGUGAUGAUUGCAAGCUAUUCAUUGACCCCAGCACUCAGGAGCAACUCACUUACAAACAGCUGCUGGAGAAAUGCACCAAAGAUGCAGAGACAGGAAUGCUGGUAUUACCAGUAACAGAGCAAGCUGCAGAAAGUGAGAGGACAUUCACAGACCAGGAAACUAAAGAGAUGUUGAGUAUGUCAAACGUUAGCAUGCCUUUUGGAAGGUUCAAAGGCAAAACUGUCACCAUUUGGGAAGUCAUAAACUCUGAAUAUUUCACUGAAGAGCAAAGAAGAGAGUUGAUUCGCCAGUACAAGACCGGCAAGAUCACUGUCGAGAAGAUUAUUAAAAUCGUCAUCACUGUUGUUGAAGACAAGGAGAAGGAUAGUGGAAACGUGUUUAAUGGUUUAAGGGCUCCAGUCUCUGCAAGUGAAUUGUUGGAGUCAAAGAUUAUCAACAAAGACUUGUUCAAUAAAUUGAGUAAUGGCAAGAUAACAGUCAAAGAGGUCUCUGAGAUGGAGCCUGUGAAGAAGGCCCUGCAUGGAACACCGAGCAUUGCUGGUUUGUUGAAUGAACCAACCAAGGAGAAAAUGCCUUUCUAUCAAGCGAUGAAACAAGAGUUACUGUCACCAGAAACCGUGGCAAACCUUCUUGAAGCUCAAGCAGCAACUGGGUUUGUGAUCGACCCAGUCAAGAAUGAGAGAAUGCCUGUUGAUGAAGCUGUUAAGUCUGGUCUUGUGGGUCCAGAACUGCAUGAAAGACUCCUAUCAGCAGAGAGAGCUGUGAGCGGCUACAAAGAUCCGUAUACAGGAAAGUCUGUGUCUCUGUUUGAAGCCAUGAGCAAAGGCCUCAUCAAGAAAGACCAAGGUGUCCGUCUGCUUGAGGCACAACUCUCAACAGGUGGCAUUGUUGACCCUGUGAAAAGCUAUCGCAUCCCUCAUGAGAUUGCCUGCAAGCGUGGAUACUUUGAUGAAGAAAUGAGCAAGACCCUGAAGAAAAACACAGAGGAUACAAAAGUCUACUAUGAUCCUAACUCACAAGAGGAUUCAACCUAUGCUCAGCUCAUGAAUAAAUGUAUCACAGACAAAGAAACUGGACUCCCAUUGCUCUCUCUAUCAAAGAAGGCUGCAAAGCCAAAAGAAGACAAACAGAUCACGGAGGCCAAGACAAAAGAGGCUCUGAACCAGGCAACAAUGGAGCUUGACUAUGGUCCUUUCAGAGGAAGAAAAAUCACAAUCUGGGAGCUCAUACAUUCUGAAUACAUCACUGAGGAGCAGAGAAUAGAGCUGAUUCGCAAGUACAGAAUGGGACAGGUGACAAUUGAAAGGUUGAUCAAGAUUGUGGUAACAAUGGUUGAGGAAAAAGAGGACACAGCAAAUGAUGAUGCUUGUUUUGAAGGCCUUAGGGCACCAGUCACUGCACGUUCACUGCUUGAUUCCAAUAUCAUCGAUAAGGCAACAUUCGACCAACUUGAAGAGGGUAAAAAGACACCCAAGGAGGUUAGCGAAACAGACAAGGUCAAGAAGUACUUGCGGGGCACAAACAGCAUUGAUGGUAUCACAAUGGGAGAUUCCAAUGAGAAGCUAAGCAUAUAUCAGGCAAUGAAGAAGAACAUUUUGCAACAAAACACUGGGCUGAAACUACUAGAGGCCCAAGCUGGAACUGGUUUCAUAACUGAUCCAGUCAAAAAUCUGAAAUUCUCUGUGGAUGAUGCUGUGAAGGAUGGAGUUGUUGGCCCAGAGCUCCAUGAGAAACUCCUCUCAGCUGAAAAAGCAGUGACAGGAUACAAAGAUCCUUAUACAGGCAAUAAGAUUUCUCUAUUCCAAGCCAUGAAAAAAGAGCUUAUUCUAAGAGAGCAUGCUAUUCCUCUCCUUGAGGCUCAGUUUGCUACAGGGGGGAUCAUUGACCCACUCAGCAGCCAUCGUAUUCCCAAUGAGGUGGCCGUUAAGCGUGGCUAUUUGAGUAAACAAAUGUCCAAGUCCUUCGCUGAACCCUCAGGUGACGUCAAAGGCUUUACCAAUCCCACCACCAAUGAAAAUGUCACUUACAAGCAGUUGGUGGAGAAAUGCAUCAAGGAUCCCAUCUCAGGUCUGUGCUACCUACCUUUAACAAAGGUUGAAGCCCCUGCUCCUGCUGAGCAAUCUUAUCAAUACACAGAGGAGCAAGCCCAAACAGAUCUGGCCAACACUCAAAUUGACAUCCCUCAUAAGGGUGUUGCCGGAAAGAGUAUGACCAUUUGGGAAGUCAUGAACUCAAAUAUGCUUCCAGAAGAGGAGAGGCGCCGCCUCAUGGAGCAGUAUCGCUUGGGGCAAAUUACUAAGGACAGAAUGCUUAUCAUCAUCAUUGAAAUCAUUGAACAAAGAGAGACCCUCAAAUCCGAGCAAGGCAUGUCCUGUGAUGUGAUCAGAAGAAGAGUAACAAUCGAUGAGCUGUACAGUGCUCGAAUCAUUGACUUGAACACGUACAACCUCUUGAAACAAGAAAAGAUCACUAUUCGUGAGGUAAUGGAAAUGCCAUCAGUCAAACAGUACCUCUUUGGCACUGGUUGCAUUGCUGGAAUCAUGUCAGACAGUCCCCCAAAGAUCAGCAUUUACCAGGCUAUGAAGAGCGGAAAGAUUAAGCCUGAGGUUGCUUUGAAUCUACUUGAGGCUCAGGCAGCAACAGGGUUCAUGAUCGACCCGGUGAAAGAUGAACUUCUGACUGUUGAUGAAGCUGUGCGCAAGGGGCUUGUUGGCCCUGAACUUCAUGACAAACUGCUCUCAGCUGAAAGGGCAGUUACAGGUUACAAAGAUCCAUACAGCGGAAAAGUGAUUUCUCUCUUCCAGGCCAUGAAAAAAGACCUUGUUCCUGAGGAUUAUGCAUUGGCACUUUUGGAGGCCCAGUAUGCCACUGGUGGAUUGAUGGAUCCUGAUUACAACUUCCGCCUCCCCAUAGAUGUUGCUCUGCAACGUGGAUACAUCAACAAGGAGACCCUUGAAAGAAUAUCUGAACCUGCUGCAGAUGUCCUAGGUUACACUGAGCCAACAACAGAAGAAAAACAGUCCUAUGCUCAGCUACUGAAAAGAUGCAGAGUUGAUAAAGAAAGUGGGCUGCGACUGCUGUCGCUGGCAGACAGAAGACUCCUCUUUAAGGGUCUCAGAAAGCAGAUCACUGUUGAAGAGCUCCUUCGAUCUCAGAUUAUUGACCAAAAGACAUACAAUGAACUCACUGAAGGUACCAUCACAGUGGAGGAGGUAAGCAGAAACCUGAAGAAGUUCCUCGAGGGCGCCAGCUGUAUUGCUGGUGUGUAUGUAGAGUCCAGCAAAGACCGUCUGUCUAUUUACCAAGCAAUGAAGAAGAACAUGAUAAGACCAGGGACUGCCUUUGAGCUUCUUGAGGCCCAAGCUGCAACAGGGUACGUGAUUGAUCCUAUUAAAAACCUGAAACUUAAUGUUGCUGAAGCUGUCAAGAUGAAUGUUGUUGGCCCUGAGUUUAAGGAUAAACUCCUCUCAGCUGAACGAGCAGUCACAGGCUACAAGGACCCUUACUCUGGUAAGGUCAUUUCACUGUUCCAGGCCAUGAAAAAGGGCCUCAUUCUCAAAGACCAUGGCAUUCGUCUUUUGGAGGCUCAGAUUGCAACAGGUGGAAUCGUCGAUCCACAGGAGAGCCAUCGCUUGCCAGUUGAAACAGCAUAUGAACGUGGCCUCUUUGAUCACGAAAUGAAUGAAAUCCUCACUGACCCAUCGGAUGACACAAAGGGCUUCUUUGACCCCAACACUGAGGAAAAUCUCACCUACUUGCAGCUGAUGGAGAGAUGCAUGACAGACCCCGAAACAGGCCUCGCUCUUCUGCUGCUGAAAGAAAAGAAGCGUGAGAGGAAGACGUCUUCCAAGUCCUCUGUUCGCAAACGUAGAGUCGUGAUUGUAGAUCCAGAGACGGGCAAAGAGAUGUCUGUGUAUGAGGCGUACCAGAAAGGGCUUAUAGACCACCAGACCUACCUUGAGCUUGCAGAGCAGGAGUGUGAAUGGGAAGAAAUUACCAUCACCUCAUCUGAUGGAGUUGUGAAAUCCAUGAUCAUUGACAGAAGGUCUGGUCGGCAAUAUGACAUCGAUGACGCAAUCUCCAAAGGCCUUAUCGAUAAAUCAGCUCUGGAUCAGUACCGUGCAGGAACCCUGUCCAUCACAGAGUUUGCAGACAUGCUGUCUGGAAACGUGGGCGGUGUCAGAUCACGUUCAUCCUCCUUUGGCUCCUCUUCCUCUUACAACACAAGCUCAUUACCAUCUAUUAAAGCACCAGCAACUAUAUGGAACGAUCCGACAGAGGAAACUGGACCUGUGGCUGGCAUCUUGGACACAGAAACACUGGAGAAGGUGUCCAUCACAGAGGCCAUUCACAGAAACCUUGUGGACAACAUCACAGGUCAAAGGUUGCUUGAAGCUCAGGCCUGCACAGGAGGUAUUAUCGACCCAAACACUGGAGAGAAAUUCCCUGUUACAGAUGCCAUGAAUAAAGGGCUUGUGGAUAAAAUCAUGGUGGAUCGCAUCAGUCUUGCCCAGAAAGCUUGCAAUGGAUUUGAGGAUCCAAGAACCAAAACCAAAAUGUCAGCAGCUCAAGCUUUGAAGAAAGGCUGGCUGUACUAUGAGGCUGGGCAGAGAUUCCUCGAGGUCCAGUAUCUCACUGGUGGAUUGAUUGAACCAGAUGCAACCAACAGAGUCUCCAUUGAUGAGGCUGUGAAGAAGGGCACUUUAGAUGCACGCACUGCACAGAAGUUACGGGAUGUAAGUGCAUACUCCAAAUACCUCACAUGCCCUAAAACCAAGCUUAAGAUCUCCUACAAGGAUGCUAUGGACAGAAGCAUGGUAGAGGAGGGGACUGGUCUGCGACUACUUGAAGCAUCAUCUCAAUCCAGCAAAGGCCUCUACAGUCCUUACAGCGUGAGCGGGUCAGGCUCUGCUACUGGGUCACGGUCCGGCUCAAGAACUGGUUCAAGGUCAGGCUCCAGAAGAGGCAGCUUUGAUGCCACAGGAUCCAGUUUCACAACAACCUUCUCUUCCACCUCCUACGGUUCACCAAGCUACAGCCGCCGAUACUGAUGAGUCAGAAAGGAAUGAUUUUAAAGGAAGGAUACACUACAAAACCAGUGUUCACCAGAUGCCUAAUUCUCAGUGGAAUAAGGGCUACCUUUAUUCUGCUCUGCAUGUGGUUGCUACAGAUCUUUUAAUAUUUAAUUUUCUACAAGCUGAAUAAUUUUGUUCAUAGUAUAUUUCAUAUUUACUUUUACUUAUUUUUAUGCUAUCUCAUCAGAGCUUCUAAUUACUGUACUGUACCCAGCUUACGCAAUAGCUGCUUAUUAUUUCAAAUGUCUUCCAAAAGGUGCGUUCUCAAUAUUUUUGGUUUUAAGUCAAUCAUAAGCAUUUAUCGUUCCACAAACAAGAGUUUAUUUAAAAUAUUGUGUGUAUAACACAAUAACCAAAAGUCUUCAUCACCAAUAGCCUGAUUGUCAAGAGGAACCAAAUUUUUGUUGUACAAACAAAAAUCUUUGUACAUGUGUAUAUUUUUGAAUAUGAAAAAGAAAGUUAGCUUAAGAGAAAUUACAACUCUGCAGAGCAGAAUAAGGAGUCUUCUGAAGAUGAAUAAACACCUAGAGUGUGAGCUUUAAUGAUGCCAAGCUUCAAGAUCUUUUCUCUCCUGGGCUACACUGCCAAUAUCUACUCCAUUCCCAAUCCUCAUGAAACCUGGAAUUACUGCAACACACUAAUCAAGUGAAACGAAGCUCAAGGAGCAAGAUCCCUCAACUUUAAGCAUAACCCAACAUAUGAUGACUAUACAAACCACCUGACAGUUCUGGACUUAACACAUCAAACCUCAAGACCAACAUACACAAGACCCUGCUUUUCUUCUCACUUUGACAGAUUUCGUCUACACAGGUCUUCUCCAUCACUUUCUUCAGAUGUCUUCCAACGGCCUGUGGCAUCAAUUUGACUUCAAACACUGUAAUCAAUAGUUUUAUGCAACAGUAGAGUAACACACGACUCAUGCUGUGUUCUGUCUGAUUGUUUUAAUAGCAAUCCAUUUUAAACCUGUAUCUAAUCUUGAACUCAUUUAAAGGCCUAAACCUUGCUUUGUAAGUGCCUGCAAACUACUCUUGAACACCUAAAGGGGAUGUUGAGUACAUUAAGGGGGUACAGUGGCGACACUGUAAAUAGACUGAUGCAUGAGCAAUGCUAAUCAUAAUGAAUACUGUGUUUUCAGGUAAGCCUUUUUACAGUCCAGCUACUGUAUGUCACAAUCUAACUUUAACAUAAUAACAGUUCAUUGAUAACAUUUCAGUGUCAACGAUGUGUUAGUCACACAGGGCUAAAAUGAAUGGUCUGAAUGUUUAAUAGUUAAGGUUUUCAUUAUUUGAAUAUCAUUUUCCCUUCACAGACAAGUAAUGUAUGUAAUGUACAUUAAUAAUGAUAUAAAGCACUAAUGCUAAAAGCCAUUACUUAACAUUUCUUUGAGAGAGAUCUUUAAGCUUUGCCACCAGACCCAGUAUUUGUAUUUUUCACCACAUAUACUUGUUUUUAUUUUAAGUGUACUUUGUAAAGCAACACUUGCAAUCUAUAUCACUUUAUUUUCAUACUCUAUAUUCUUGCUUUGCAUGAUUUACUAACAUUUAAAAAGGUGCAAAAUGAAAUAUUGUAUCCAUUAAAGCAUUUGUUUUACUAUUACGUUUCAAGAGGUUUGAAGGAUGUAUUUUAAUGAGGGUUAUCAAGCCUUGGUUAAAAUGGUGUAUUUAUAAUAAAAUGGUAAAAAGGAAUUUUAUUGCAACACCUUAUGCUAUGUAAAUAAACAUGGAAAUGAAAUA